AUGUCUGAUACCUAUCCUGCUACCGGCCAGGUUCUCGAGCAGUAUUGGUUCCUUCGCGAAGGCGAAACCGGUCUACAUACCUUUAGUCGCAUCGCAUAUUACAACGAGACCACUCCCUUCUUGCGCAAUCUCCAGGAAUUCAGGACCAUGUUCCGGCCAAAUUCGCCAAUUUACACGCAUCUGCUGACGAAUGACAAACAAUACGCUCCUCUACCCAGUGAUGCAGCCGAGUCAAAGUGGAUUGUCGUUCAAGAUGCAACCUGGUAUCUGGGCAACUCACCAGAUGAUGCGUAUGUCCAGCAGGAAGCGGACUAUUUCACGAAAUAUACCUUCCAGGAUACUUGGAGAGACCAUGACGCCCAUGGCAUGUUUGCAGAUGGCAGCAAUACCCCUGACAACUCAACAUAUGGUGCUUGGUUAGUUAUGAACACCAAGGACACCUACUUCGGAGGUCCCUUACACAGCGACCUCAUCGUUGAUGGUAUUGUUUAUAACUACAUUGUCUCGAACCACCAUGGUGAUCAGACUCCAAAUAUCACGAACGGCAUGGAUAGAACAUUUGGGCCGCAGUACUUCCACUUCAACCACUUCCCAGCUGGUAGUGAUAUCCACACUCUCAAAGCCGAUGCUGCGCAGUAUGCUGACCCGACAUGGAAUGCCGACUUCUACGACUCCAUCGCUCAAUAUGUGCCCAACUACGUACCCAGCUCUCAGAGAACGACCUGGAAGCUUCAUGUAGAUCUUCCUGAAGGUGCCAAGAACCCUAUUGCCGUCCUUGCUCAGAAUGGCAUAGACUUUCAGGACAAUGUCUUCGACACCAAGGCACUGCAGUACUGGGCCAACAUCGCCGACGACGGCACAGCUGAGAUCCCCAUGGUGAAGGCCGACACCUACCGGCUCACCAUCUAUGCGGACGGUAUCUUCGGGCAGUAUAUCAAGGAUGACGUCGAGGUUAUUGCUGGCGAGGUGCACACAACACAUGCACGUUGGCGCGAGGAGACGGCAGGCACGGAAAUCUUCCGCAUCGGUACCCCUGACAAGAGCAGCGGCGAGUACAAGCACGGCUACGAACUCGACCCCACGCACCCGCUGCAUCCAGAAGAAUACCGUAUCUACUGGGCCGUGUACGACUAUCCGACCGACUUCCCAGAGGGCGUGCGAUUCAAGGUCGGCGAGAGCAAGGAGAGCGAGGAUCUGAACUACGUUCACUGGAGUGUUUUCGGCGGCUAUGCUAAUUAUCUCCGCCCUGAGCCCUACUACGGCCAUGGUGAUGUCAACAACUGGACCAUUGCCUUUGAUCUCACAGACGACCAGAUUCACCGGAAGAGGCUAGCUACCUUCACCGUGCAAUUUGCGGGCGUGAAGACAGCCGCCGGCAACACCGACGUGUACAAUGCCUCAGAACCUCAUGCCAAUCUGAAGUACACCGUGAAUGUAAACGGCAAGGAUCUGGAGCCCUGGGUUAUUCCCUACUACCAUUCCAGCUCAUGCGCCGUUCGAUCGGCCGUGAUAUGCUAUCAGGUGGCGAACAAAUUCACGUUUGACCCGGACCUGCUCAAAGAGGGCGAGAACGAGAUCGUUCUGAGCCUGCCUUACAACGCCACCGACUACGAGAGCGCUGUCCUCCCCCAGUCAGUGUACGUACAGUACGAUGCACUGCGCCUCGAGAUCAAAUAG